CAAUAUUUUCACCCAUGCAUGUACCUUGGCAGCGCCAUCGCCUUUAACUUCGCCUACAACUGGUUGUGAAGCCACUAUAUGGAGGUCACCCCUCAUAACUGGGACCUCUCCUUCAAACCCCUGGCCAUCCUGGCUUCAGUCGAGUCAAAAUGGACCAGCAAAAGAUAAGUCGAUAGCGUUAAAAACUUAUUUUGUUAUUUUUGUAAAAUUAUAAUGUAAUGAAA